AGGCAGAACUUGUUCCUCUGUUAGACCCAAGCUUAACUGAACAAUAUGAAUAUGCAAGUGAGUAUGAUCUCAAAUGCCUUAUUGUCAUAACUGAAGCUGGUCUAUCUCAAACAGGUCUAGUAAGGUUCAUCAUCUUGAGCUGAAGAAGGAAUGGGAGGUUGAUAGGAACCAGCUUGUCAAAUUUUUGACAGAAGCAAUAUCUACACAGUUCCGGAAUCUUCCAAAUUGGAAUUGAUCAGAUCCAUAUUUCUUAGGCCACUGCUAGUGUUGCUCCCCAACAAUGGCAACCAAACAGUGGUCCUGUUAUGACCAAUGAUGUUUCAGAUACAAACCCUGAAGAAGCAGUUCCUUGCAUAGCUUUUUCAAAGAAUGGUUCUUAUGUGAUGCCUGCUUGUGGAGGGAAGGUCUCUUUGUUCAACAUGAUGACUUUCAAGGUGAAAACAAAAAUGAUUGGUCAUCUGAAGCGUAUAACUGGCUUAGCUUUCAAAAAUAAUCUUAUCAUUUUAGUAUCUUUUGGUGCUGAUGCUCAGGCCAAUCAUCAGAAGCAUCAAAAGGCAGUAAAGAAUCUUGGAGAAUCAACAUCAAAGAAUAGCAACCAAGGAAGCUGUUUUUGA